UCCAUUUCUCUAAACCCUGCUAGAGAGAGCUGCGAAAUAGCGAUACAAAGAGAGAGGCCACAACCAAAACUAGAGAGAGACGCCAAUGGCUGUCGCCAACAGAACUGCGAUCAGUCGAGCCCUAGAUUUCUCCAGGUUAUCUUCUUCCUUUGUCAGAACCUUCAGCUCCUCUUCUCCCUCAACCUCCUCUUCCAACCCCAAUGCCUCCCCUACUUCGUCUCAAACCAAACGGAGGAAGAAGAAGAAGAACCUCUUCGAAGUAGUUCAGUUUUUGCCCAACUGGGGAGUUGGAUACCAUGUCGCCAAAUCUCACUGGGAUGAAAUUUCCUACCAGAUCACCAAAAUCAAUCUCUACAAGAGUGGCACGCACGGCAAGGCAUGGGGCAUUGCUCAUAAAAAUGGCACGCCGAUUGUCGAAGCUCCAAAGAAAAUCAGCGGAGUUCACAAGCGCUGCUGGAAGUAUAUCGCUAGCUUGCCGCAUUCGGGAGAAAGCAAAACAUCAGCCGAAGUUCAAACUUCAUGACUGCAGAGAAAUCUCAGUUGCUGAUUCUUUUUGGCGAACCUUACUUUCUGGUUCAAAGAGUUUUUAGGUGUUCCUUUUAUCGGGGGAGCUAUGUAAAAGUACUCAUAUAAAAAGACUAUUGCUUGAUUAAUAUGGUUGUGUUGAUUGGAAUUGCUUUUCAAACUGUAAUUUGUAAGAUUGUUUUUGUUGGCAAUCCUAAUUUUAUUUUAUCUUUUCAUUUUA